GGCGUGGCGGGGCCGGGGGCGGGCGGGGCCGGGCGCGUUGCCGGGUUACGCGGAGGCCGAGCGGCCGCUCAGCCAAUGGCGGCGUGGCGGGGGCCGGCGCAGUGACGGCUUGCGGGUCGGCGGUGGCCGGGAGGGCUCAUUUCCGCCGCGGCCGCCUCCGCAGCAUGGUAGCUCCCGCCGCGCUCCCGGCCGCCGGUCUCCUCUAUUGGGUGGGCGCGCUGGGCGCCCUUUACGCGGCGGCCCUGACCUCGUACCGCCUGCUGGCCGGGCUCCGCGUUUGGGCGCUGGGGGGCGGUGGCGGCUCCGUGGGGCCGGCCUUGGGCGCCUGGGCAGUGGUCACAGGAGCUACUGAUGGGAUUGGAAAAGCCUAUGCAGAAGAGUUAGCAAGACGUGGAAUGAAGGUGGCUCUGAUCAGUAGGUCAAAAGAAAAGCUGGACCAGGUUGCUAGUGAAAUAAAUGAGAAAUACAAAGUCGAAACAAAAGUCAUUGUGGCAGACUUUGGAGAGAGAGAAGAUAUCUACAGUAGAAUCAAAGCAGGAUUGGAAGGCCUGGAGAUCGGUGUUUUAGUCAACAAUGUGGGAAUUUCAUAUGUUUAUCCUGAAUAUUUUCUUGAUGUCCCAGACCUGGAUAAAACAAUCGACAAAAUGGUCAACAUUAACGUCAUGGCUGUUUGUAAGAUGACACGAUUGGUGUUGCCCGGCAUGCUGGAAAGAUCAAAGGGGGUAAUCCUGAAUAUUUCCUCAGCUGCUGGAAUGUAUCCAACCCCAUUGCUGACUCUUUACUCCGCAACCAAGGCUUUUGUGGAUUACUUCUCCCGAGGCCUUCAUGCAGAAUACAAGAGCAAGGGCAUCAUUGUGCAGAGUGUUCUGCCUUACUAUGUGGCAACUAAAAUGUCCAAAAUCCGCAAGGCAACCUUUGAUAAGCCCAGUCCUGAAACGUAUGUCCGAGCCGCCUUAGGCACGGUAGGCCUGCAGUCCCAGACCAACGGGUGCUUACCCCAUGCACUCAUGGGAUGGAUCUUCUCUCUUCUGCCUACACCUGCUGUCAUUAAUUUACUCAUGAAAACAAACAAACAAAUACGGGCUCGUUAUUUGAAAAAAAUGAAGGAGAAGUAAGUUGGAGGCAACUCGAUCUUGGAGCCUGGGACUCCUGCAAGUUCCAUGCCCGCUCUGCAGCACUGAGUAGACCUAAUGUUUUAAACAUCUCCAGUCAUAGGUGUACUUUCUAACAAGCAAAACAGUCUUGUUUUGAGUAUACAGGUGAAACGGGACUGUUGACUUCUAGUACUGAUUUUAAAAUAGGCUUUAUUUGUUUAUAGCUAUUAUGAGGGAGGAAAUGCUUUGGACUAAAAUUGCACUGUGCUUUAAGGAAUGCUUACAUGGACUUGAUCAGAUACCAUGCUGUUGAGGAACAGCUUGGUUAUAUAGCGUCCAUCACAUCUGUGUAUUGUGUGCGUGGGUGACAGGCAGAAAAAUUGUAGUUCUCACUGGAGAACUGGACUUUCUCACUGGAGUUUCUGGAUAGGUGGGGAGGAGAGGGAGCAUAUUUAUUUAAAAAGGUAGCCUAGGGCUAUUGGAGAAUAUAAUUUUUCCCCAGCUCAGGUUUUGAUACUUGCAAGGAUUCUGCAUUGUCAAUCAGCUCAUGCGUGCUCCCCUGCUUUACAUGGUCCAGUGUGAUUUUUGGUUAUGAAUUUGAGGGACAUGGGCCAAAAUCCCAAAUGAGUGUCAUUGCUUAUCUAUAAAUAUAUACAUAAAAUGACAUUGCAGAAAGCAUUUAAAUUCUUGGUACUUCAAUAUGGGUUCUAACUUUUCAGUAAUAUGUAAUCUAUAAGAUUUGUAAUAACAUUUUUAAAAGUUCAGUGCCUGAUCUUUGUAAUAGGUGGUGAUAACACAAUGUAGAUAAAUGUCACAAGUUGUGUUAUGUGCUAGUUGCGAUGUAAAAGAUAAUGGACGCUUUAAAUGCAGAGCUUGAAAUGAUUUACUCUCCUUGUUAGCAAUGAUAGUUAAAUUCUUUUCAAAGUAUGUAUUUGUCUUUUUGGCGAGGCCCUUUGAAAUGUAGAUACUGAAGAUUCUGAGACGGCUUUAAAAAUGAGAACCAGUAAACUUGUUAAAAGUAGAAUAUUUUAAAUUUAAUUGUGUUUAAGUGAUUCAUUUUGUGGUUCUGUUGCAAAAUGGGAGUGUUCCAGUGAGGCUGAAGUUGCCCAACUUCAGGAGACAGUGAUCAGAGUAUAUGAAAAGUCUGCACUGCUGUUGUCUGUAUUUACCUACUCUUUAUUUAAAAGAUUUUUGGAUUCUAACAUUCCUUUUAUAAAUGUAGAAUGUACUGAAACUUACAAGGCAAAUCAAAUUGCAAGCAGCUACCAAUUGUUUUCUGUGGUAACUGCCUGUGGUUGAAGAGUGGAGGCUCUUUUCUGUCCUUGAAAGAGUAAUUUCAAGCUCUGAUUUUGAAGUAAAAUAUGCUGUACUGAGACAUGGUUUGGGGCUAACAUUUCUGUACAUUGAAAAAUCCUGAAUACCGAUGCAAUGGUGCUGAUCAAAUCUGAGAAUGCAGAUCCUAUCCCAUAGUUUUCUUAAUUUUUGGAACAGGGGUGGUGAACUCGGUGGUGUUAGUUCUCUAAGAGCACGUGACUUGGUUUACUCUGGAUCUGAUGUGGAAGCAUUGGACUAAACAAUAUGUAUAGUUUUGACUUUGUAAAACAAAUUAAAUUGAAUUUACUCUGAAUCUUUACUGUGUUGGGGUUUUUCCUUAAUGUUUGCCUGUACACUCAAAUGCUUGAUUGUCCUUUCUCGUAUAUAAUAAUGCAGUGGAAAUUACUGUAUUUUUACAUGCCAAAACCAAAGCUUUUAUUAAUGUGUUUUCCUGGCUGUUCUCUCUUUUACUGUGCUGAUAUUUCAAAUCACUGGAACACAAAAUAA